AUGAACCAGUUCUCAUCGAACACAACAACAUCGUCUACUGCUUUUAUCUCACAACAGCCAACAACAUCGGCUAACGCUAUAAUUCAACCAAUGCCAACAACAUCGGCUAAUGAUGCUUCACAGGCAACAACAUCGCCAACUAUUGAACAAAAUACACAACAAAGAUCUGCUGAUUUGCCAAAUUGUUUUCUUGAUAAUGUGCUCGGUGAUGGAGAUUGUCUAUUUCGGAGGCUUAUUGCUCGCCGUUACCAGGAAGACCUGCACAAUAUCGCAGAUGAACAUCUAACAGACGAGCGCAUUCAUGAGAUCGAAUGGGACGCUCCACAUAUUCGACAAGCUGGACUUCGUUUGGAUGUGACAGAUCCUCGAAGAUCUAUGCGAGAAUAUAGUCUUCACAUGAUGCAACCAGCAAACAACAACAAUACACGUUAUGGAUCGCAUCUUGAAAUUCGAUAUGCUGAAAUCGUUCUUGGCCGACGCAUUCUGAUCGUUGAAAAUCGUCGACAACGUGUAAUUGAUGCAAACGGACGUUCUCAUUGGCGAAAUAUGACCAACGAAUAUCAAGGGAUAUUCCUCUCUCCUGGCCUUUCAGCAGAAGAGAUGGGUUUGACACGUAUCACGGACUUUGGACAAAUUUUUGCAAUACUCCGUGCUCACAAUAUGGACAACACCAUCGUCCUCCGACUUGAAGGCAUACACUAUCGACCAAUAUAUCUGGUAGAAUAUUUUAACUAACUUUGAUUAAAUUAAAAAUAAAAAUUAAUUCAAAAUUUAAGCGUCCAAUGCCUGUUGAACAUGGUGAUGAUAAUGUAAGGCUUUUAGAGUUGUUGAGUGAUGUUCCUUUGGAGCCUUGGACGCCGCAAUAAAGAAUAUGAAAUAUGUUUGGAGAUUUUUGGAGAUUUUGAAUAAAUGACGAUUUGUAUUUGAUUUGAUUUUAUAAUAU